AUGCGAGCUAUUGUAUCCGAUUUACAACGUGCCGUCUUUCAAGCCGAUGACGAACGUCUUGUUGCAGUUGCAAAUAUCGUUAGAGCUGACAACAAAAAGAAGAAAAAAGCAACCUUCCUUUGUCUUACAGUAACUGUCGAUCAACCUAUCCAAGUUCGACUUUAUUUCGUGAAAAAUGAGAAGGAAGAUAUUUUCAAAAAGAAGGAUCAUUUUAGUCUUCGGGAUGUUCGGACGGUUGAUGGCAUUAACCCGAGAAAGAUGUUACCACAAUUCGAUCUAUCGAUAGGUGAUCAUGUCUAUAAAUUAUGUGCAUCAACAUCUGAUGAAAAAGAUGCCUUCAUAAAACAAUUGUACAAGUUCGCUUCCAAGUAUCUUCCAGUCCAAAAGCCCGAUUUUGUGAAUGUACCAAUACCGGUUGAUACGCCAAAUGCAGUAGUUGCUGUUGAGCAGAUGGAGGAUGGUUCCGAAGAAAAUUUCGCCGAUUAUCAGCCAAUUUCCGCGAAAGAAGAAGCUGAUUUCCGGCGUUUAUUGGCUCGUGCACAGUUGACUAUCGGCGAAGCAGAUAAAUUUGCCGCUGUUCUUAGUGAACAACUUCAGCAACUCGAUGGUGCUAACAUACAGUCGAUAAUGGAUAGUGAAACGGCCGUGAAUGAUCUCAUUGCAUUAAUUGAUGCAGCAUUAUUAGAAACUGAUCGUCUUGAUGGACAAUUGGAUACGUUUGAUAAACUUCUUUCUCAUGUCCGAGAUAGUGUUGAAUUGAUCGAAGAGAAAGACAGUUUGGGCUGUGUUGAACGGAAGAAUACUCGAGUGCUGCGAGAGUAUUUAGCUGAAAUGUUAAAUGUCAUUGAUGUGGUCACUGAUGAGCAUAUAAGAAUGUUGCAGCAAGCUAAACUCUCCGAUCCGACUAGCAUAAGUCAUUGCUGUGCAGCAGCUCGAGCUGUUCAAGUAUUCAGUACGUCCAAAAUCGACGCGUCUUUGCAUAUGAUGUCUGCUUACAAGCAAAGAUCCGAGCAACUUAAUACAUUAACUGAUGAAUUCAUUGAGAAGUUGAUGGCGCAUCUCUCUGCACUCUUUUAUAAUCUGAAUGAACUAACUGAAGCACCUGAUUGGCAUGAGGUGGCCUUGCGAAAGCAGUCUGAACGUUUUCAUGCAUUACGUCCAUUUUCCGACUUAAUUGCUUGGCUCAAGGUGACAAGACCAAUCGCUUAUGAAUCCUCAGUUCAAAGAUACGUGCAGAACACGAAAGUUAUAUACAGAAAAGAAUUCGAGCGAUUCUUUGAAGUGAUUCAUAAUGAGCUGAAUAAGUUGGUGAUAUCAGAAAGGAGAGCAACAAUCAAGAAUUUUGAUUCGUCAAAAUCCUCUCUAGAUCGUUCGUUUCGCGUCGAGCCGAAAGUUAAUCAAAAAUCCUUGGUGAAUCUUCUUGAGAUCGUAUUAGGUGAAGUUGGUCCUGUCGUUGAAUCUGAACAAAAGUUUUGUGCUAGAUUCUUCCAUAUGAGUGGUGAUUUACUGGCCACUGUUGACGCACAGUCCACCUCGAGUGGUGAAAGUGGAACAGGUCGUAGUGUUGAGAAACAGGUCGCUGAUCAGAUGCGCAAUGUAUUGACGCCCAUUUUUGAACCGCUCCAUCAACAUCUGGAUAAAUUCAUCAAGGCAUGUUGCCGAUUACAGCCAUCCAUUGUAUUUGUGUUGUUCGUUUUGCUGUCGAAAAAGGCACUGACAUUGCAAGAUGCGAGUUCGUAUUUCUCGGUGAUGGUAUUCGGGCGCUUGGUUGUUCUUGUGAAAAGGCAGUUAGACAUAUUCAUGGAUAGCGAGGCGCACUAUUUGGCUGAUGUAAAACUGUCAAAGAAAACACGUAUCGGAGUGUUGGAUAAUUUGGAUCAUUUCAAUGAUAUAGCACGUGUAGCAGAAGCAGCGUUCGCAGAUACAGAACGUCGUGCAGAUUUGGAUCGUUGGUAUGCGCAGUUGAUUUGUUGUUUAAAAGAAGGCAUCGAUCGUGCCGCUGUCUCGCCCUACUCGAAAUCACCGUCUGCAGUUGUUCGAUUCGAGAAUUACCACCAUCUUUAUUCAAUUCUUUCUGAACUAAAAAUUGCCUGCUUGGAUACUCAACGAAAAGAAGCCAAGAAAACCUAUCAAGACAAUAUCCAGGUUUACGUGAAGGAGUAUAUGGGUAAACCCCUUGAAAAAGUACACGUGUUUUUCGAGGGGAUUGAACAAGCAAUAGAGCAAGGAAUGAAACCGGAAGAGGUUGCUUUUCAGCAACAGUACAGUCGAGCUGAACUCCGGAAGGUACUAUCAUUGUACCCGGGCAAAGAAGUAAAAAAAGGUCUUGAGCAGUUGUACAAGAAUUUGGAGAAACAUCUCGUCGAGAAUUCACCUCUUUUGCAAGUGGUUUGGAGGCAUAUGCAGGAUGAGUUUCUGAAGGAAAUAAAACGUUAUCAUCAAAUUAUCGGACAGUGUUAUGCGGGUUCACGUAUCGAUCUCGAAGUGUCCAUUGAAGAUGUGCUCAGCUAUUUUUCUCAAUUCGCUCAGCAACACUGA